AUGUUGAUCUUCGGCAUGAGCGUCAACUGCGUUCCUUGGGUUUAUGUUCCCGAGAUCCUCCCCUUUAAAUCCCGCACUAGAGGAACAGCGAUAGGAAUCAGCUCCAACUGGCUGUGGAAUUUCACUGCCGUCAUGAUCACGCCAGUUAUCAUCAAUCGCCUGCAGUGGAAAGCGUAUCUCAUUUUCAUGGUUACGAACUUACUCUUCGUGCCCGCAUUCUAUUUCUUCUACCCAGAGACGAGUAACUUCAAGCUGGAGGACGUCGAUCUUAUCUCCUCUCAAGGCGGAAACCCUGUAUCUGUUGCGCGGCAGAUGACCAAGGACAUGAGGAGGAAUAACAUCAGCGUCAACAGCAACGGGACAAUCUCAGUUGAUACAGAGAAAUCGCAGACCAUGAUUGUGGAAAGCGCUUAG